CAUGCGCGCGCUCGCGCUACUCGCGGCCGUGGUCUGCGUGUGCGCCUGCGUGGCGGCGGCACAGGAGACGCCGGCGGAGGAGAUCGGAGGGGGUCAGGUCCGCACCGACCUGACGACCGCCGCGGUCACGGAGGGGCCGCCGCCGCCGGCGCCGACCACAGGUGAUGCUCCGUCAGAAGAGGUGCAAGCCGGAGGUGAGCAGACGACCACGGAGGUGACGGCUGGGAGCACAACCGAAGCGCAGCAGCUGGGGGAUCCAACUCCGCCGGAGCCGACGGCUGCCCCGACCGCAGAGGGACGGACCAUACCGCCGGCGGCCGAGCAGCUCGAGACGGGGGACGGCGAGUCGUCCGACUGCGACUUCUCCGAAUCGACGUGCUGGUGGCGGCCGGACGGCGCGCCGUACCGUCACUACAGCUGGCGACGGGGCUCGCCCCAGACGGCCUUCUACUUGGGUGGUCCGGACGCCGACGCCGCCGGCGAGCAGGGCGCCGACGCCGGCUACGCCUUCGUCGACGCGUCCGUCUUCCGUGACGUGAACAUUCCCGACUUUUAUCUGAGCGCGUGGCUGACAUCGCCGACGCGGCCGCCGCCCGGCCCGGCCGGCCGCUGCCUCCGCUUCAUGUACAACACGGCCGGCGCCAGCGUACACAGCAUGCGUGUGCUGCGCAUCGACCACGUGCCGACAGUCUACCUGAACCGCACCCGCUGGCCGCGCGACGACGAGGCGCCGCCGCCGCCGCUGUACGCGGAGGCGCGGAACGCGUCGGAAACGACCGUCGCCAACGCCACGGGCCGCGCCUACAUUAUGCGGCAGCAAAACGUGACGGAGACGUUGUGGGAGGCCCGCGACGCGACGGACGGCGCGUGGCGCGAGGGUAAGGUGACUUACAACACGGGCUACGAGCACCGGCUGGUGUUCGAGGUGGUGCCGCAGCUGGCGGCGCAGGCCGGUCGCGGGUACGUCGCCGUCGACGACGUUUCGCUGGCGGAGGGUGCCUGCGACGACGACUGCGGCUUCGAGGAUGACCUCUGCCGCUGGAGCAACGCCGCCGACGACGACUUCGACUGGCUGCUGGGCCGAGGCAGUCGCAAGAAGGUGACAGGUCCGAUCCGCGACCAGAGCAGCUCACGCUCCUACAGCCGCAUUGGCGGCUACACGUUCGCUGACUCGUCGCACCCGCGCCGGCCGGGCGACCAGGCGCGGCUCGAGAGCGCGGUGUUCGAAACGGUGGAGCCGCUCUGCCUCGGCUUCUUACACCAAUAUGUUCGGCGCCGGCGUGGGCCGACUGGCCGUGCGGCAGGUGUCGGGGGCGGCACGCCUCGCACGCGCACCCUCUGGCAAGUGGACGGCGGAUCGGGCUCGCAGCUCAGCUGGGAGCUGGGCCACGUCACGCUCGCCUCGCCGGACCGCUUCAAGGUGCAGCUGGAGGCGACCGUCGGCGAGCCGGGCGCCGGCGACAUCGCCGUCGACUCGCUCCGCGUGGAGGCGGGGGCGUGCCCGACGCUGCCGGCGUCGGCCGGCGGCGACGGCGACGCCAGCUGUGCCUUCCGCGACGACACGUGCGGGUGGACGCUGGGCGGCCCGCCCGACCACUUCCUCAGCUUUGCCGUGUCCGGCUACGAGCACCAGGCGGGCGCGCGCGACCGCGUGCUCUCGCCGGAGGUUCGCGACCGACCGCGCGUGUGCUUCAGUUUCUGGGUGCACCUGGCGUCGCACAUCGCCACCAUGCCGCGCCUGGGCAGCCUGCAGGUGAUUCUCGUCAACGCCUCCAACAACGCCAGCGCGCCACUCUGGCGGGUGGACAACCACCUGAGGCACGGCUGGGUGCGCGCGCAGGCGGCGUUCUCGGCGUCGGCGCCGGUCCGGCUGGCGCUGGAGGCCGUGCGUGGCUCAGGCGUGAGCGGCGUGCUCGGCGUCGACGACGUGGUGAUACACGACGGCGACUGCGCCACGCUGCCGGCUGCCGCCGCCGUCUCGCCGCUCGACUGCUGGUUCGACGUCGACGAGUGCGGCUGGACGGUGGCGGCGGCUGAGGGCGAGAGUUGGCGCGCCGCCGCCACCGGCUACGGCGUGCCGCAGCUGCUCGACCACACCCAUCGCGUCGAGACCGGCUACGAGUACUUCGACCCGUUCAACCAGCGCGCGACGGCGCGCCUGGUGUCGGCCGAGGUGCCGGCCGGCCAGCGGCUCUGUCUCAGCCUCUGGUACACCUGCAUCGGCGGCGUGCAGGACGACGCGUCGCUCUCGGUGCGCCGGCAGGGCGGCGACAACGGCACGGCGGAGGUGCUCUGGCAGGUGACGCAGGGCCGGAGCGGCCACACCGGGCGCCGCUACACCUGGCACUACGGCCAGGUCGCCGUGCAGGCCGCGGAGCGCGCGGCGCGGCUCGAGAUCCAGGCGAUUGGCAUGCAGGCCGGCUUCGCCAUCGACGACGUCAGAACUGUGACCGGCGAGGCUCCCUGCAGCGUGCGGCCCGACUGGGCGCGCCCAGCGCCACCACCGUAACUGAUGGUUACCACAACGGUCGGAAGAGGCGCUGCUGUAGUAUGUGAUUGCCAAACGCAUGCAUGCGCAUCGCGAUGCAAUGCAGUGGUUCAGGACGCUACUUUUACAUAUUUUCCAGGCGUCCGUUAAAUGUCUUAAAGUGAGUGCACACUUAUAUUUUCUGAGCAUUUUUGAGAAGCGUGUUACCUAUGCCCUGACUUACAGCGUUUACAUUUUUGGUGCAUUUUACUGAGAAGCGUGUUAACUAUGCCCUGGCUUACAGCCUACAUAUCACUUCCCGGUAAACUUCCUCGCGACGGGCCAUUGACAUUAACCUGUUGCAAGGUAUAGCUUCGGACGCUGCGACACUUGUACAUAGCAUUGUGUUUUACAAAAUAUAUGCACGGCUUUGAAAAGCGUCGAGACUUGAA